AUUGAUAUUAUUUCUCUCAAUUUGAGUGAAAAGUUACCAUUUUAUAUUCGAAAGCAGUCUAUAAAUUUGGCCUUAGAGAGAGGAAUACACUUUGAAAUUGUUUACAGUCCUGCCAUAAGAGACCAAACACUAAGGCGACACAUCAUAUCAAAUGCCUGUGACUUGGUGCGUGUUUGUAAAGGAAAGAAUAUCAUCAUUACCAGUGGUGCUAAUAAGCCAAUAGAAUUAAGAGGUCCAUAUGAUAUUGCUAAUUUAGCUCAGCUUUUUGGAUUGACAUUUGACCAAGCUAGAGAUGCUGUGUGUUGUAAUUGUAGGGCUGUUUUA